CUAAGAACUCACUCUAUAUAACAAACCUUCCUUCACCCCUCCACAAUCACAAAACAGGAACAAUAACCAAAACACACAUAUUCUUGAUAUAUUAAAAAUAUUAAAUGGCGAAAGAAGUGGAAGGAGCAGAGGGAUUCGCGACAAGGGACUACGAAGACCCGCCGCCAACUCCGUUUUUCGAUGCGGAGGAGUUGACAAAGUGGUCUUUAUACAGAGCCGUCAUCGCCGAGUUCGUAGCCACCCUCCUCUUCUUGUACGUCACUGUUUUGACUGUCAUCGGCUACAAGAUUUCCUCCGACACUAAGGCCGGAGGCGACGAGUGCGGAGGUGUCGGAAUCCUCGGCAUCUCAUGGGCUUUCGGUGGCAUGAUAUUCAUCCUUGUCUACUGCACCGCCGGUAUCUCAGGUGGUCACAUAAACCCUGCCGUGACGUUCGGCUUGUUCUUGGCAAGGAAGGUAUCGUUGGUUAGAGCAGUGCUAUACAUGGUGGCUCAGUGUUUGGGUGCUAUUUGUGGAGUUGGUUUCGUCAAAGCCUUCCAAAGCUCUUACUACGUACGUUACGGUGGAGGAGCAAACUCUCUAGCUGACGGAUACAGCACAGGGACUGGACUUGCUGCAGAGAUCAUCGGAACAUUCGUCCUGGUCUACACUGUUUUCUCCGCUACAGAUCCCAAAAGAAACGCACGAGACUCCCACGUCCCCGUGUUGGCGCCACUUCCAAUUGGAUUUGCCGUGUUCAUGGUUCACUUGGCCACUAUUCCAAUCACCGGAACCGGGAUUAACCCGGCCAGGAGUUUUGGAGCCGCGGUUAUCUACAACGAGUCCAAGCCGUGGGAUGACCACUGGAUUUUCUGGGUGGGACCAUUCAUCGGAGCUGCGAUAGCUGCAUUUUAUCACCAAUUCGUCCUAAGGGCCUCUGGUUCCAAGUCCCUCGGCUCCUUCCGAAGUGCAGCUUGAAUUUAGCCACACAAAACAAAAUAGCAAUGACAAAAUGAUUGUUAUUAUGUAUGUACAAAAUUGGCAACUUUGGUUUUAAAAUAUAUGCUCUGUUUUAUUCCUUUUGUCUUUCCUAAUUUCUGGCUUCAUUGUGGGAUAUGUGAAUGUUUGUGUACUCGGGGAAAACAAUCAAUGAAAUCAAAUUGUUUUUGCCUUCGUAAA